AUGCAGUUGGAGCGCUGCUCAAAGCCCAAAACGCUCACAACUGGUGUCACCUGCUACCGCAGGCUGAAGCGACUGGGGAUGGACUCGACAGGGCUUUUUCUUUUCCGACCUGUCUGCGCGCGACGGAAUCACCUACAAAAAACGACUGCCUUCUGGGCAUCGCCAUUUGCCAAAACCCAACACUCUCAAGGGCAUAAUGGGGAAUGCGACUGCGACAGACCUUGUCCCUUCGUGUUCCGACCUGUCUGCAGCAGCGACGGAAUCACCUACAACAACGACUGCCUUCUGGACAUCGCCAUUUGCCAAGACCCAACACUCUUCAAGGAGCAUAAUGGGGAAUGCGACAACUGCGACCGACCUUGCCCCCUCGUCUUCCAACCGGUCUGCGGCAGCGACGGAAUCACCUACGAGAGCGACUGCCUUCUGGACAUCGCCAUUUGCCGAGACCCAAGGCUCUUCAAGGAGCAUAAUGGGGGAUGCGACUGCGACAGACCUUGUCCCUUCGUGUUCCGACCUGUCUGCAGCAGCGACGGAAUCACCUACAACAACGACUGCCUUCUGGACAACGCCAUUUGCCAAGACCCAACACUCUUCAAGGAGCAUAAUGGGGAAUGCGGUGACAUCGCCCUCGACUCCCCCCUCCCCUUCGACCACGACCUCAACCUCGCCCUCGAGUGCCCCCUGCUUGACGCCCCAGUCUGCGGGAGCGACGGCGUGACUUACCCCAGCGAGUGCUUCUUGGAACUGGCCGUUGCGCAGAAUCCCGAGAUAUUUAAGGUCGGCGAUGGCGAUUGCAGAUGCUACGAGGAGUGCGACCCCCAGCUGAGUCCCAUCUGCGGCACUGACGGAGUGACUUACGGGAACCAGUGCCUUUUCGAGUCCGCUCAGUGCCAUGACAGUGACCUUCGCAAAGUGGCCGACGUGUCCUGUGAAUGCUACCAGCCCUGCCCCCCCCGCCACCCCGUGUGCGGCAGUGUAGUGACCUACCGCAAAGAGUGUGUUGGAGAUGGGGAAUGUGAAACCCGCUCCUGUCGAAAGGUUUGGACCGCCGUUUUAAAUCUAUUUGGUUUUUGUAAGGUCUAA